ACGUGUCCACUUCUACUGCGAGUUUUCACCACCACCAAUGGCAGACAUCACAGGAUGGAUGAGUUUGGUAGAGGGAACGUUCCUUCCAGCGAGCUCCAGAUUUACACCUGGUAAGACUAUCAAUUACCAGCUGUUCAGAGUAGACACUAAAUUAGAUGGUGUCGGUCAGAAUACCAAAAAUUACAUUCAAAAGCUGUCCCUCCCCUUUGUUUAUGAAACUGUAUUUAAUUUAAUUCAGGUUGGACGCUACGCUGAAAGAGCUCACAAGUCUUGUGAAAGAAGUCUACCCUGAAGCUCGGAAAAAAGGCACACAUUUUGGCUUUGCCGUAGUCUACCCGGAACCUAAGCGACAAGGUUACAGGUAACUGAUGAUUUUCAUUCACAGAACUGCCCUGUAAUAUUAUAAUUUUUUGUAAACAUUUUUAGUCAUUUAGCAGACGCUCUUAUCCAGAGCGACUUAGUUAGUGAGUGCAUACAUUUUUCAUAUCAAUGAACAGCCACAGAAAACACUGUUAAUAUGGUUCCUAUUGGUUUGUUUCAGGGUAAAGGAUAUAGGCAACACAUUGUCUGGACGGAAGGGUCCAGAUGAUGCCAUGACCUUACAAUCACAGCGAUUUCGGAUUGGAGACUACCUGGAUAUCGCCAUCACCCCUCCCAACAGAGCACCCCCUCUACCAGGGCGCAUGAGACCCUAUUGA